CGCUCAGUGUGGACCGAAGCGGGGACGCGCGGCCCCGGGCCGGGGAUGCGGCUGGCGCCGGCCGCCCAGCGAGCCCGGGGGUCGGGCUGCGCGCCUCCCGUGCAGGGCAGGAGCUCGGGCCGGGAGCCGGAGGCAGAGGAGGGCGCGGCGCCCCGCGGAGUUGCUGGCAGGGCUGGCGCAGAGCCGGCCCCCCGGGUCCCGCGCGGUGAGCCACCGAGACAAUAAAGUAGCGGUCGGCAGCCCCCGAGCGCCCGAGGAGGCGGCGGCGCGGCAGGCUUGGAUGAGAAAUCCAGAAGAAAGAAUGUGUGAAAGAAAAAGAUGACAUCUGUGCAUGGCAAAACAAAUCCAAAGAUUAUUACAAUAAAAACAAACGGAGGUCAAGAGAACACUUACUAGUAAAGAUGACAGAAGGCAGGCACUGCCAGGUACACCUCCUGGAUGAUAGGAGACUGGAGCUUCUGGUUCAGCCCAAACUUUUAUCAAGAGAAUUGCUGGACCUUGUGGCCUCACAUUUCAACCUGAAAGAAAAGGAGUACUUUGGAAUAACGUUUGCUGAUGACACAGGUCACCAAAACUGGCUACAGUUAGAUCACCGAGUUCUUGACCAUGAUCUGCCCAAGAAACCAGGUGCCACCAUUUUGCACUUUGCUGUAAGGUUUUACAUUGAGAGCAUAUCGUUUUUAAAGGAUAAAACCACCGUGGAGCUGUUUUUCCUGAAUGCAAAGUCCUGUGUACACAAGGGGCAAAUCGAAGCCGACAGCGAAACCAUCUUCAAGUUAGCAGCGCUUGUGUUACAGGAAGCCAAAGGGGAUUAUAGCAGUGAUGAAAAUGCCAGAAAAGAUUUAAAGACUCUACCAGCCUUUCCAACCAAAACGCUCCAGGAGCAUCCAUCCCUUGCUUACUGUGAGGACAGGGUAAUUGAGCAUUAUUUGAAAAUCAAAGGUCUGACUCGAGGUCAAGCUGUGGUUCAGUAUAUGAAAAUAGUAGAAGCUCUACCCACGUAUGGAGUCCAUUAUUAUGCUGUAAAGGAUAAACAAGGACUUCCUUGGUGGCUUGGAAUCAGCUAUAAAGGAAUCGGCCAGUAUGAUUUGCAAGAUAAAGUAAAACCUCGGAAAUUAUUCCAAUGGAAACAGCUGGAGAACUUAUACUUCCGUGAGAAAAAAUUCGCUGUUGAAGUUCACGAUCCACGGAGGAUUUCUGUGUCAAGAAGAACCUUUGGGCAAAGUGGCCUCUUUGUGCAAACGUGGUAUGCAAACCCUUCUCUCAUCAAGUCCAUCUGGGUAAUGGCAAUUAGUCAGCAUCAGUUUUACUUGGACCGGAAGCAAAGCAAAGCAAAAAUUCCUUCAGCCAGGAGUUUAGAUGAUAUCGCGAUGGAUUUGACUGAGACAGGAACACCAAGGGUCUCCAAAAUGGUGACACUGGAGGCAAAAAGUCAGUUCAUCAUGGCGAGCAAUGGCAGUUUAAUCUCUUCAGGUUCUCAAGACUCAGAAGUUAGUGAGGAGCAAAAGAGAGAGAAAAUCCUAGAGCUCAAGAAGAAGGAAAAGCUCUUGCAAGAAAAACUCCUGAAAAAAGUCGAGGAGCUUAAGAAGAUCUGUUUGCGGGAGGCUGAGCUCACAGGCAAAAUGCCAAAGGAAUAUCCGCUGAACGUAGGUGAGAAACCGCCUCAGGUCAGAAGGCGUGUAGGCACCGCAUUCAAACUGGAUGACAACCUACUGCCCAGUGAAGAGGAUCCUGCUUUGCAAGAACUGGAGAGCAAUUUCCUAAUACAGCAAAAGCUGGUUGAAGCUGCAAAGAAGCUUGCCAAUGAGCCAGACCUUUGUAAAACCGUGAAGAAAAAACGAAAGCAAGAUUACACGGAUGCAGUGAAAAAGCUUCAGGAGAUUGAAAACUCGAUAAAUGAAUACCGAAUCAGAUGUGGAAAGAAACCCAGCCAGAAAGCAACAGUUAUUUUACCAGAAGACAUAAUCCCCUCAGAGAGCAGCUCCUUGUCUGACACUACCACCUAUGAUGAUUCCAAUGACACCUUCACUCUUGCUGGGCAGCGACCAAGUUCAGUACCUCAUUCUCCAAGAAUUCUUCCGCCUAAGUCUCUCGGUAUUGAACGAAUCCAUUUCAGAAAGUCAUCCGUCAAUGAACAGUUUGUGGAUACCAGGCAGUCCAGGGAAAUGCUGUCGACACACAGCAGCCCUUACAAAACCCUGGAUCGGCGGCCCCAGGGCGGACGGAGCAUGCCCACCACUCCAGUUCUUACCCGCAACGCCUACAGCAGCAGCCACUUGGAACCCGAAUCUUCAGCCCAACACUGCCGCCAGCGGAGUGGAAGCCUUGAGUCUCAGUCCCACCUGCUGUCUGAGAUGGACAAUGAUAAGCCAUUUUUCUCCCUCUCCAAAUCCCAAAGAAGCAGUAGUACAGAAAUCCUGGAUGACGGGUCUUCCUACACCAGCCAAUCAAGCACAGAGUAUUACUGCGUGACGCCCGUUGCCGGCCCCUAUUACACCACCCAGACUCUGGACACUCGUGCCAGGGGCCGGAGAAGGUCCAAGAAACAGAACGUUUCGACUUCAAAUUCAGGAAGCAUGCCCAACCUAGCACAAAAGGAUAGUAUGAGGAAUGGCGUCUACACAAAGAGUCAGGAGCAACCUUCUUCUAGUUACUAUAUUGCUGGAUACACGCCCUAUGCAGAGUGUGAUCUGUAUUACAGUGGCGGCUACGUCUAUGAGAACGACACUGAGGGACAGUACAGUGUCAAUCCUUCCUAUCGGGCCUCAGCACACUAUGGAUACGAGCGCCAAAGGGACUAUAGCAGGUCCUUUCAUGAAGAUGAGGUCGACCGGGUGCCCCAUAACCCAUAUGCAACUCUCCGGCUGCCCCGGAAGGCUGCUGCCAAGUCGGAGCACAUCACCAAAAACAUCCACAAGGCCUUAGUUGCGGAGCACCUGCGUGGCUGGUACCAGCGGGCCUCUGGGCAAAAGGAUCAGGGGCACAGCCCACAGACUAGCUUUGACUCAGACAGGGGAUCGCAGAGAUGCCUGGGGUUUGCUGGGCUGCAAGUACCCUGCUCUCCCAGCAGUCGAACAUCCUCCUACUCUUCAGUAUCUUCUACAAAUGCUUCUGGGAACUGGAGGACCCAGAUAGCUAUAGGGCUAUCUGAAUACGAGACCCCGGCACAUUCUUCCUACACCAGCUGCUAUGGCAACAUCUAUAAUCCUUUGCCCUCCCCAGGCAGACAGUACACAGAGAUCAGUCAACUGGACAGUACAGAUGGAAGCCGGUUGGAAGAAAGCCUGGAGAGCAGGGAGCAGAGGCUCUUUUGGCAUGAAGAUUCAAAGCCUGGAACAUUAGUCUGAACUGCAGUUGGAUCUCUCGACCAAGCACUGCGUUCUCACACUAGUGUGCCUUGCAGAAUGUGCUCGUCUUCCCAGAAAGCUGUUCGGGUGUAGAAAGCUAAAGGCAUCAAAGGUCGAAGAGAGGACUCAGUUGCCCUGGAAGUGAAUCACACGCUGAGGCUGUGCAGAGUCCCUGAACGACUUGCCUUUCAAACUCCGGGCACUAACCCAACAGAGCAAGGUAGAACCGUGGCCGAGAAAGGACUCAGCCUGUAUCAACAGCAAGCACUUUUUUUAAGGGACUAAAAGUUUUGAAGGCAAACCACAAAACUGUGACAAGUGCGUUCAGGGUCUCCAGUAGGGAAGAAGGACAGGAAAUUUCAGAGCACAAUUCGGAAUGAAGAGAAAAGGGAGCUCCUUAGACAUUGUUCACCUUCAGAAAGUUUGAAUUUGUGAGCCAGCGAAGAAUAACAUGCUAUUUCUACGUGCCGUGGACAAUUGAGACAGUAUUGGAAAAUUACUUGAAGAGAGGCUGGAUUUUCAUGAAGUUCUGGAUGAGUGUAAAGGAUUUUAGCAGAUUAUAAAGAGUGAUGGUUUUCAUAAGCACCGUCAAAUGGGUUCUGGAAAGACUUAGUGCCGUAGCAUCCUGUAAUAUAACUUUAUGGUAGCAGAUUGGGGAACAUGAAGCAGCCCACUGAAUAAUUGACAAACUCUGCUUGGAGAAUUUUCUAAGGUACAAUAUUACUGGGCUCCUUUUUCCUUUGUACACCAAUGGUCUGAUGGGUUAUUAUUCGGACUGGUAACUCUCCAAUUUGGCUGCCGUUUGAAAUGGCAGACCUGAUAUGGAAAGUUUUUAUAAUUGAGAGUUUGAAAAAGUAUUUUAAGGUAAUACAGAAAGAACCCAAAACAAAAUGAAAUGAAAAAACAAAAGCCACAUCAUUUUAGAUGAAUUGCGUGCCUUAAAAUGGUGAACAUUAGAAAAGGAAGCAAAUUGUCCAGAUUCCACAGAGGGUUCUAAGUCACCAAAUGACAAAAACAAGAUUAGUCAUUAAAGAGACGAAAGCAAAAAAACUCCAAGCUGCAGUAGAUUUAAUUAUGAGGCUAAAACUACCUCAUACUUUACUUGGAAGAACUAAUUAGCUAUGGUUUAUUAUAGUGGUUUUUUUUUAAAAAACAAACAAACAAAUAUUUCCAUAUUCCAGAUUGUUCUUUUGUGUCAUCUUCACUCUGCUUCAAUAUUCCAUAAAAGGUGCUCCCUCCCCCCUCCCUUUUAUACAGGUUUCGUGUUCAUAUUGUGAAUAGAGAAGUUUCUGAACAACUUUUUUGGAACAUUUUCUAUCUAUAUUCCAAAGCAUGUAAUAUAUGCAUAAAGAUGAUUUGUUAAACUG